AUUCAGUUCGUUGAAUCCGUUCCCAUAUAUCCAUUUAUUUAUAUUUGGCGCGACGUCUGGUUUCUGAUGCUGGGAAGACGGAACGCGUCAAUUCAACCCCACCCGACUCCAGAUGCAGAAAUGGAGCGGGCAAUCCACCCCGAGUCUUCAAGAAAUAGUCGAUUUGAAGUUAGUGCAGAGCGGAGAAAAAGAGCGUCUGAAGGAAUUAUUAGUGGAGAGGCUUGUGGAAUGUGGCUGGAAAGAUGAGAUGAAAGCCAUCUGCAGGGAGUUUGCAAGGAAGAAGGGAAGGGAUACUGUAACAGUUCAUGAACUUGUCAAAGUCAUAACUCCAAAAGGAAAAGCUUCUGUACCUGAUUCAGUGAAAGCAGAAAUGAGGGAAAAACACACACACAAUUUUAUCCUCUGGAGUUGGAGGAGCACGUUGGGAUGAGCAGCCAAUAGAAAUACCAUGGAGGAUAAAUGGCUCUUAUUAAUCGCUGGCAAGAAGUUGACAUUCUCCAAUAUAAUGUCGUGAUCACCAACGGUACAUCUAAAUUGUUAUUGGCUUGUUGAUGAUCGAUAAAGCUUAUAUUGUUAAUUUUUGUGAGUAAAGCUGUGAUUAGUGGAUAAACAGUUGUUAAUUGUUAUUAGCUGUAGGGUGUAGCUUUGUUUGCAUGUAAUUGGAUGUUGCUGAUUUGUGGUUGAGGGUGAUGAUGUUGUGAAACAACAAAUAAUGUGAUUACAAUUGGUUGAUAUAUGCCACAUAAGUAUGAUGGCAUUGGUUAAUUUGUGCUGAAAAUCAUGGCAGAAAAUAGAAUGUUGAUGAAGGAAAUCAUUGUUUCUUGUGAUCA